GUAUAUCGGAGUGUAUGGUGUGCUCGUUCUGAUCGCCUUAGCGCAAUACUUCUACACUGCUGGUUCAUCUCCAGGCUAUGUUAUUGAUGCAAUGCAAGCCAGUGGUGGGAUGCAUGCAACCUUCAUCAAUACCGCCACUCUUUCAAAACAAUCCAGUUCAAAACAUGGAAGCUUAAAGUCCACCACAAACCGGCCUGAUCUAGAGAAACUUAGACCAAUGUCUUCUUCAUCGUCAUGGUUGCAUCAAAUUGUGGAUCUUUAUCCUCCUGGGUCAAGCAACAGGGAUUGGACUUGCCAAUAUUGCAAAAUUAUCCAGCCACCUCGUACCAGGCACUGCCAUGAUUGUGAUAAAUGUGUCCUUCAGUUUGACCAUCACUGUGUUUGGCUUGGAACGUGCAUUGGCAAAAAGAACCAUUGUCGUUUUUGGUGGUACAUAUUUGAAGAAUCAAUCCUGUCUACCUGGACUGUCGCUCUGUACAUUGAGUCACUGCAUUUAGAUAUUGAGAAAGUCUGGUGGAAGGAUUUUAUUGGUGUAAUCCUGUUGGCAGUAUUGAUAUUUAUCCUUAUGUUCCUGCUGUUGUUGUUGAUGUUUCAUACUUAUAUUGCUCUCACAAAUCAAACAACCUAUGAAGUGGCCAGAAGGAAGCGGAUAUUCUACUUAAGGGGAAUUCCUGAUAGAGUUCAUCCGUUCAGUAAAGGCAUAUGCAGAAACAUCUAUGACUUCUGCUUCACUAGAGAGAAUGGAUUUGUUCUCGAGGCCGUGCCCCCAAUUGAGGAGCUGGAAGCCAGAGCAGCCCCGUACACAUGCCGAGACCUGUUUUGCUGCCGAUGCUGCUGAUACAUGCGUUGUACUGUACCAUUCGUUACCCCCCAGCAUGUGCUGCAACCCAUCAUUGAAACUUGCUCGCGAGUGGAAGCAUGUCUUUCGGAGCUCCGCCAGUAGAUGCCCUUUGAGUUCAUUUCCAUGUGAAGGUGCAUGUACAUUCUUAGCGACAAGAAAAUGUGUGUGUGGUCCGUGGUAUAGAUGACUGUCCCUAUGAUAUGAGCAACAUUCGACUGAAAGAAGGUCCUGAGGACAGAAACUGUGCCAGGCGACUGCUUGCGCUUCUGUACAAAAAUGUGCAUUCGAGUUGUGGUUGUUUAUGCCAGUGUUCAGUUUACUCUC